AGCUCCAGGAAGGAGAAGGAGCAGAAGCAGAAUCCGAUCCUGAAAUACAUCGGGAAACCCCGGGGCGGCUCCCAGAGCGCGCUGCGCCCGGGGAACGUCCGGAGCAUGAUCCAACACUUCGAGGGCGGCGCCGACGGAGCCGAAAGCGAUCCCGGCCCCCGGAGCCGCUCCGGAGCUUCCGGAACCUUCCAGGAGCCGCCCCUCGCUCCCAGCUCCCGCUCCGAGGUUCGCCUGGGCCGCUCGGAGAGCCUGAAGGGCCGGGAGGAGCUGCGGCGCUGCCGGCGCCCGCUGCCGGUGCCGCGAUCCCGCAGCGACGCCGACGUGGACGGCAGCGGCUCCGAGACCCCGCGCCUGCACUCGGCCUCCUCCUCCUCCGCCUCCAGCCUCUCCAACAGAUCCCUGGAGAAUCCAACCCCUCCCUACACACCAAAGAUGGGGCGCAGGUGAGCGGAAUUCC